AUGUCUGCAGGGGACAACAGCUCCGAGGUGACAGAGUUCAUUCUGGUGGGCUUCCCGGGCUCGCUGGGCCUCCACGUGUGCCUGCUGGUGCUGUUCCUGCUGGCCUACACCCUGACGGUCACAGAGAACGUGGUCAUCAUCGCUGUGAUCUGCGCCAGCCCCCCACUGCACAAGCCCAUGUACGUCUUCCUCAGCAACCUGGCCUUCCUGGAGGUGUGGUACGUCUCGGUCACCGUGCCCAAGAUGCUGCUCAGCCUAGCUGCGCCCCGGUUCUGCCGCAUCUCCUUCGCAGGCUGCAUGGCGCAGCUGUACUUCUUCCUGGCCCUGGCCUGCACCGAGUGCGCGCUCCUGGGCGUCAUGGCCUACGACCGCUACGUGGCCAUCUGCAGCCCGCUGCGCUACCCGGCCGUCAUGAGCCCCGGGCUCUGCAGCCUCCUGGCGGCCGGCUCCUGGCUCUCGGGUUUUGCCAUCUCCCUGGGGAAGGUCUUCUUCAUCUCCCGCCUGGGCUACUGUGGUCCCAAUGUCAUGAAUCACUUCUUCUGCGACGUGUCCCCCCUGCUGAACCUGGCGUGCUCCAACAUGUCCGUGGCGGAGCUCGUAGACUUCCUGCUGGCGCUGCUCAUCCUGCUGGGGCCGCUGCUGCUCACGGUCUUCUCCUACGCAGCCAUCAUCCGGGCCGUGCUGCGCAUCCCCUCCGCCGCCGGCCGCUCCAAGGCCUUCUCCACCUGCGCCUCGCACCUGGCCGUGGUGGUCAUCUUCUACUCCGCCUCCCUCUUCAUCUAUGCCCGGCCUCGCGCCCUCUACUCCUUCGACCUCAACAAGCUGGUGUCUGUGGUAUACACGGUGCUCACGCCCCUGCUGAACCCCAUCAUCUACUGCCUGCGCAAUCGGGAGGUCAAGGAUGCCCUGCACAGGGUGGUCCAGAGGGCAGCCCAAGCCAUGGGUGCCUCCUCCUAG